UAUAAACUGGGUGUUUUGACAAUUUUUGUUCCAAACAGAAAUUGGUGUGUGGAAGACAACUGGACAGCAGGAUAUAUUGAAUUUAAAAUGUGCAAUCAGUAAUCAGCUGUGUGGGUAAUGGUUGUCUCUGAAGUCCUAGGCUGUGAUGUUUCAGGUACACUCACUUGCCUGUUUCACUCUCACAAGACCACUUCCUCUGAUCUCCAUCGUCUUCAGAUUAACCACACAAGUACAACAUAACUCACAUGUUCAUGUCCCGCCCCCUUUCUGAGUGGUUCCUCGUUAGCUAGCCGUGACACCAACCCCUGUUCCACUCCACUCUAUCGGUCUGUCUCUUUCUGUCAGUCAUGUCCAAGCUUGUCAUGGCAACUCUCCUGUCCUGGGAUUUGUUGUCUGUGGUCAUCAUCCUGGAUCUAGUCUGCGCAGAAUCUAGCAAAAACAUCACAGCAAUUAUUCCUAAAAAUGCAACUGCUGCUCUGGGGGAAACUGUGACUUUGCAGUGUGAUGGACCGGCAAAUGCUGUCAUCUGGAAAAGGGAAACACUGUCGUUCACUACUUUUUCUCAUAGAUUCUGGAAGAAUGAAACUACUUUCAACAACCUAACAUCAGAAAGGAUGUCUAUUGACCCUGUUAAUCCGCUUGUGUUGAAGAUUCAUAAUGUUCAGCUAACUGACACAGGGAACUACAGCUGUAUUAUAACAGGGGAUCGGGGUGUACGGACAACUAAGUGGAGUUUGACCAUCACUGAUCCUAAUGAUGAAUAUAAAGGGACUGCUGGACACAGCCUACAGGACCUACAGGAUUUACUCUAUAUAAUACCUCCUGCUAUAAUUGGAAGUGCUCUUUGCAUACUCGUCUGCUGUGUAGUCUGGUGGUAUAGGAAACGACAACAGGACCGGAGUGAAGGUCUCCAGGAUACAGAAGUUGAGGACAGAAAUGCUCAAUCUAACAUCGCCUCUGGCCAAAGAGCCCAACGCUUGCAGAGACAGUACUUUGAAAGAAUUAACUCAAUAUAUGGGCAGAAACAAGCACACAACAAUCCGAAGUUGUCAAAAGCCCCGUUGGACAAUCUGGUUGGAUUGAUGUAAUUCUGUCAACUUUUUUUAUGUUAAUGUUAUGUUAGGUUAGGUUUGUACAUUUGUUGUGUAAGGGGCAAUUUGCUAAAUGUUUAUGCAGUGGCUCUCAAAAGUAUUUACCUGACUUGGAUAUAUAUAUAUAUAUUUUC